AGGAAGGACAUGGCCAGAAGUUAGACGGUGUUUCAACCUUAAAUCUCUUAUCAGAAAAUCAUCAAUAUUUUCCUCCCACUGCACUAAAUCCAGGCCAAAAGGCUGCACUUAAAAAAAAAAAAAAAAACAACCAAACCUCAGCAACUAAGGUGGAGAUGGAGGACUUCUGGGCCACAGGGCUUUGGGUGCUGAAGAUUUGGCUGUACCUCAUCAUCAGCCUCAUCAUGAUCCCUGCCAUGUUCGGCUUCUCACUGGGCAUCUCUGAAACCUACAUGACAAUCCUGGUCAAAACUUUGGAGUGGGCGACUCUGAAGAUGCAGAGGGCGAAGACAGACGAACAAACAGCCAAAGCCUCCAAUGGUCUCAUCCAGAGGGAGGACGGCUCUAUGGAGAAAGAGCUGGAGGAGCUGAGGCGGAGUCGGCCCAAACCCCCAGUGGGCGGCGACUUUACACUCAGCGACUGUUUUUACUUCUCUCGCAGGGGAAUUGAAAGCAUCGUAGAGGAUGAGGUGACUCAGCGUUUCUCCUCAGAGGAGUUGGUGUCCUGGAACUUACUGACUCGCACCAAUGACUUUCAGUUCAUCAGUUUGAAACUGACACUGGUGUACGGACUGGGCAUCUUUGUGAGAUACUGCAUCCUCGCCCCGCUCAGGAUAACCCUGGCCUGCAUUGGUCUCACCUGGCUGGUCAUUGGGACAUCUGCAGUUGGAUUCCUCCCAAACUGGAGGAUUAAGUCCUGGCUCAGUGAAUGGGUUCAUGUCAUGUGCUACAGAAUAUGUGCUCGUGGACUCUCUGCUACUAUUUGCUACCACAACAGGGAGAAUAAACCCAAAAAAGGAGGAAUCUGUGUUGCGAACCACACUACCCCCAUUGACAUAGUGAUUCUCUGUAACGAUGCCUGUUACGCAAUGGUGGGUCAGGUUCAUGGAGGUCUGAUGGGCGUUGUCCAGAGAGCCAUGGUGAGGUCAUGUCCUCAUGUGUGGUUUGAGAGAGCAGAGAUGAAAGAUCGCCACCUUGUGACCAAAAGGUUGAAGGAUCAUGUCAAUGACAAGACAAAGCUGCCCAUACUGAUAUUUCCAGAGGGAACCUGUGUCAACAACACAUCUGUCAUGAUGUUUAAAAAGGGCAGUUUUGAAAUUGGAGCAACGAUUUACCCAGUAGCCAUUAAGUAUGACCCAAAGUUCGGAGACGCCUUCUGGAACAGUUCUAAGUACAGCAUGGUCAGUUACCUGCUGAGGAUGAUGACCAGCUGGGCCCUGGUCUGCAACGUCUGGUAUCUACCAGCCAUGCACCAGCAGGACGGUGAAGAUGCCGUCCAGUUUGCCAACAGAGUAAAGUCCGCCAUCGCUCACCAAGGAGGACUGGUAGAUCUACAGUGGGACGGAGGCCUCAAAAGAGCCAAAGUUAAAGAAACAUUUAAAGAGCAGCAGCAGAAGAAGUACAGCAGCAUGGUGGUGGGAGACGACAGCAGUGGUAACAGUGACUGAGACCCUGACCGCAGAGGACAGACCAAAAAACAGAAAACGCACAGCAGCCGAACUGUGUCCACUGGUACUGUGACAUACCUGGAUCUGCUGUGGGGGAUGGCCAUGUCGACUUCUAAAAACUGUGAAAACAUGAUGUAUUAAAGCUGCCAAUGGAUGUGUCUCAGUGAUUGAUAGAAAACACAAGUGCAAUAUUGAACUUUACAAGCAGCUGAUGGACUGUGGACAGAAAAGAUGCUGAAGCAAACUGCUGAUGUGAUUGAAUGUUAAUGCUGUGGAAAUUUUCUGAACUGAGACCAGCGAGCACUGCAGAGAUGACAUCUGUAAACGAAUCCUGAGAUUAGCCUGAGCGUUGCUUGCCUCAACAAAAACCCUACAAGAUUUUUCAGGUGUGGUUUGGAUUACUAUGUGGCAAAAAAACCCCAAAAACUUCAUGAUACUUUUGUUCGGUAAGAUCAUUUUGAGGAUUUUUGAGUCGUAAUAGAAGUAAAAUGAAGGUUGUGCUACAAACAACCUACCCCCUGAUCACAUGACUUCAGUGUUUCAAU